AUGCUGAGUAUGGGAGAUCAGAAGCAGCCGAAAAUGGUUCCCAAAACCACCUCCUUCACCAUCAAGAGCCUCCUGCUCCCCGAAGCCGACAGCCAGGGGGCCAGGGUCGGGCUGCAGAGCGUCAGGAACUGCGCCCCCGAGCUCGGGAGCAGCAGCAGCAGCAGCAACAGCAGCAAAGCCGAGCAAAGCGGCGGCGGCGGCGGCGGCGGCGGCAAAGCCGAGUUCAAAUCGCAGUCGGACCCGGAGCGGGCGGAGGGCGGCUCCGGGAGCCGAGAGGAGAGCCCCGAGGAGGAGGAGGAGGAGGAGGAGACCCGCAAGAGGGAGGACAAGAGGCAGAGCAAGUACGACAAGCCGCCCUUCAGCUACAACGCGCUGAUCAUGAUGGCAAUCCGGCAGAGCCCCGAGAAGAGACUGACCCUGAACGGCAUCUACGAGUUCAUCAUGAAGAACUUCCCCUAUUACCGGGAGAACAAGCAGGGCUGGCAGAACUCCAUCAGGCACAACCUCAGCCUCAACAAAUGCUUCGUCAAGGUGCCCCGACAUUACGACGACCCGGGCAAAGGCAACUACUGGAUGCUGGACCCCUCCAGCGACGACGUGUUCAUCGGCGGGACCACAGGGAAACUCCGCAGGAGGUCAGCCACCUCCAGGGGCAAGCUGGCCUUCAAGAGAGGCCUCCGGCUGUCCCCCUCGGGGCUGGGGUUGAUGGAUCGGGGCAACCCUCUGUAUUGGCCGCUUUCUCCCUUCCUGUCCCUGCACCCCCCUCACGGCAGUCUGGGCUACAGCAGCGCCGCCUCCAGCUUUCUGAACCAGGCUCCGACCUACAGCUCUCUGCUCUCCGGCUGCGGAUCCGGUGUCGAUCAAAUGGCCAACGGGGACCUCUCUCACUCUCUAUUAAGGGGAUCCGUACAGUGCAGUUUGACCAACAGCUACUCGGUGAGCCCCUGUUCUGUCAGUUUGCUGGCCGGUCAGACGGGCUACUUUUUCCCGUCUCUGCAUCACGCUCAGUCGGUCCAUCAAACCGGAUCGGGGAUGGGGAACCCCGGGGGCGCCUCCAGCUCCAGCUCCAGCUCCCCUCCAGCUGCCUCGGCUCUCAUCGCCGACGCCCUCAGACCGACCCUCUCCACUUUCCCGUCCGGACUGGCCGCUGGCUUCAGCAGUUACCUGUCACAGCAAAACGGAGCAACUUCCAGCAACUCGUUCCUGCACUGACCUGGGCCUCGGAUUGCGACAGUCAG